GUCGUUGAACGCUGCGGACUAACACGGAGUGAGUGGACAUCGCUUUUUUGUUUUGCAGUUCUUUUGACAAAGCUAGGGAAUUGUUUCACUUUUUCCUUCUUUUUUUCGCUUUCGGAGGGAGACCGGUGAAAAAACAAAACAAAGAAACAAACGCGAGGAAAAGAACCAGUCGAUAGUGGGGCUGCUUACUUUGCGCUUGGAGUUCUGUCGCCACUUAGAGCAUGUGAAAGUUGAAAUGGUAGAGCUGCUGUAGUGUACGCGUACUUUGCCAGCUCCACUUGGUGCACAGCGUUAACUUUGGGAAAUGCAAGUGUUGGUCUUGGAGAUCUAACCACUGAUAGUGGUUGUCAGCUCUUUAAAAGUUCCAACAGGUUAGAAGAGUGAUGACCAUCCUGUUCGUUACUAUGGUUAUUUCAUACUUCAGUUGCAUGAGAGCUGCGCCCAUGAGAGAGAUCCCGGGCGUGCAGGGGGGCCACCGGGCUGAGGGCUACCUGGGCGCCGCUGCCGCCGCCGCCGCUGCCAUCACCUCAGGCAGCCGAGGCCACGGGACUCCACAGAGUGGGGGCGGGCUGCCCUCGCUCACGGACACUUUCGAGCAGGUGAUUGAGGAGUUGCUUGAGGUGGAAGGAGAGGCUACGCAGCAACUGGGGCCCGGGGCCGACCAGGGCCAAGGAGGGGGCGGUCCCGCAGCCAUGGCUGACUCGAAGGAUGUUGACAUGUACGCCUCGCGGGUGAUGAUCAGCAACCAAGUGCCUUUGGAGCCGCCGUUACUCUUUCUCUUGGAGGAAUACAAAAACUACCUAGACGCCGCCAACAUGUCGAUGCGCGUGCGGCGGCACUCAGACCCCGCGCGGCGAGGGGAGCUCAGCGUUUGUGACAGUAUUAGCCAGUGGGUGACGGCUCUGGACAAAAAGACAGCCAUAGACAUGUCGGGCCAGACGGUCACCGUCCUGGAGAAGGUCCCCGUGACUAACGGUCAGCUGAAGCAAUACUUUUACGAGACCAAAUGCAACCCCUUAGGGUACACAAAGGAGGGCUGCCGAGGAAUAGACAAGCGGCACUAUAACUCGCAAUGCCGGACAACCCAGUCUUACGUGCGAGCCCUUACCAUGGAUAGCAAAAGGAAGAUCGGCUGGCGGUUUAUACGGAUAGACACUUCGUGUGUAUGCACAUUGACCAUUAAGAGGGGCAGAUAGUGUACACAAUGUAUAGAUUUUAUUGAGAGUUCUAAAAAAGAGACAUAAAAUAAAAAUAUCUAUUUGUGUAAAUACAUAACAGGGUAAAUUAUUCCGUCAGAUGAAAAUUUUAUGGACUGCAUGUAAAAAAGAUGAAGUUUAUACAGUAAAAGUGAUACUACAGUCUAUUUAUUGAACAUAUUCAUGAUCUUGUAAACAAUUAAAAAAAGAUCUGAUCAGUCA